GGGAGGUGGUGCUCCAACGUGACUUCCUGCCGCCCUCCUCCCUCUCUGAGCGGGCAGAGGCAGAGGUGAGCCCCGCUGCUGCUGCUGCUGCUGCUGCUGCACUUCACUCUGGGAAAGAAAAAGCGGCCGACGGACGGAUUAUCAGCUCAGUAACAGUUAGCUCGUCGGCUAACGGGUCAACACCAAAACAAGCCACCGAGGGGGAGCCAUGAAAACCCUCCAGUGAAAGUUACGCACGGUUUACCCGAAGACUUUAAUGCACGGAAAGGCACAAAAAAGGAGGAUCCCGGAUCAUGCCUUCGGGAACGGGAAGGCUAGUUUAGGGGCUAGCGAGGCUGCAAACUAUUUUUAAUUGGCUUUGAAUGGCUCCUGCUUGUGUUCUCCUGUCAUAGCGACAGUUUGGGGAAUUAAAAAAGAAAGGGAGAGGCCCUUCAUGACAAAUCAAAAGCCCGGAUUUAAAGCGUAAUUUGGGAAGAAAAGCUACCAAAGGGACCCAAAAUGAAGAAGCAGUUCAAUCGGAUGAAGCAGCUCGCCAAUCAAACAGUUGGCAGAGCGGAGAAAACAGAAGUCCUCAGCGAUGACCUCCUGCAGAUUGAACGGCGGAUGGAGUUGGUGCGAGUCGUGUCGCACAACACACACAAGAGGAUGGUGUCGUGUCUACAGGGACACAUCGGAGCAGAGGCAGAAAAGAGACAUUCCGUUCCACGCCUCUAUACAGGAAACGGUCAGAAAAAGCUUCCUCUCACUGCACUAUCCCAGGCCAUGGUGGAAGGAGGAAACCAGUUGGGAGAGGACUCCUUGAUAGGGAAGAUGAUGGAAGUGUGCGGCGAGGCGGAGAAUCGCCUGGCGUCAGAGCUGAUGCUCCACGAGCUGCAGAUCGAGAAGGACGUCCUGGAUCCUCUAAGCCAGCUCGCAGAGGUGGACAUUCCCAACAUCCUGAAGCAGAGGAAACAGCUGGCCAAACUGGUGCUGGACUACGAUUCUGCCAGAGCACGAUGGUUGCAGGCAACCAAGUCAAUAAUCUCAGGAACAAACACUCACGCACUGACGGCCAAGGCUGAGCUCCUCAAAGAGGAGAUGGACGAGGCCAUGAACAAAGUGGAGCUCUGCAAGGAUCAACUCGCUGCAGACAUGUACAGUUUCUUCUCCAAAGAAGGGGACAAUGCCCGCUACUUCAUAACACUCUUAGAAGCUCAAGCUGAUUACCACAGAAAGUCUCUCACUGUGCUGGAGAGCGUGCUGCCAACCAUCCAGGAUCAGCAAGACUCGUGGACGGAGAAGCCAGCGUUCGGCACGAUGCUGGACGAACACCUGAAGAGGAGCGGACGAGAGAUCGCUCUGCCGCUGGAGGCCUGCGUCAUGAUGCUGCUGGAGACCGGCAUGAAGGAGGAGGGUCUAUUCAGAAUCGCAGCCGGAGCGUCGAAGCUAAAGAAGCUAAAGGCCGCACUGGACUGUUCCACUUCACAACUGGAGGAGUUCUACUCUGACCCCCAUGCUGUCGCUGGAGCACUGAAGUCCUACCUGAGGGAACUCCCUGAGCCUCUGAUGACGUUCCAGCUUUACGAUGAAUGGAUACAGGCAUGCAGCGUGUCAGACCCGGACAAGAGGCUCCAGGCUCUCUGGGUUGUGUGUGAUAAUCUCCCAAAGAACAACAAGAACAACCUGAAGUAUCUGGUGAAGUUUCUAGCCAAACUGGCCCAGGACAGCGAUGUGAACAAAAUGUCUCCGAGCAACCUCGCCAUCGUCCUGGGACCCAAUCUGAUGUGGGCCAAAACUGAGGGGAGUCUGGCUGAGAUGGCUGCAGCGACCUCUGUGCACGUGGUGGCCAUCAUCGAGCCGAUCAUCCAGCACGCUGACUGGUUCUUUCCUGAGGAUGUGGAGUUCAAUGUGUCCGGCAUGUUUGCGAUGCCCACCCCUGCAUCCAACCACAACAACCACCUGGACUAUGACUGUAGCACCAUCGAGAGGAAGAGGCCGGGCAGCAUGGUGGGACCAGAGAACGACUCGACACGCAAAGAAAACACUCCUAACAAGUACUCGGACCACACCCUGCGUAGAGGCAGUAACACCUUAGGUAGAAAGCAGCACACCUCACCUGCCUUCCAGCCCCCUUUACCCCCUGUGGAGGCCCCCCCCUCAGCCGAGCCCUCGCCCCCGGCUCCAUCAGGGGGUCCGGGGCCCGACACCCAGCAGAGCCUCGCUCAGAGCCUCGCUGCCCUCGCCGCCGCGCAGCAGCUCCUAGCGCAGCACACGGAGGAGCUCAGCAACCCAAAGCUGCGUGACCACACCCCAGGCCCAACCCCCCCGCUCCAGAGGAACGGCUCUGGAGCGGGGCAGCUGGGCACUGGGACCCCCGGGGCUGGACCCCUGGGGCCCAGUCCACAUCUGAUGCGCAGAGGUACCAAGAAGCAGGCUCCGGCCCCCCCCAAGCCGCCGAACCCUCCCCUCUUUCAGCCCUGUAACAUGACAAACCACGGCCCCCCCUCCUCCCACUGCCUCAGCCUCUCCCCCAGACCCGUGUCCUACCUCUCACCCUCCUCCCCCACCACCCCCUCCUCACAGCCCUGUGCCACGCCCCGACGCCACUCCAGCAACCAGCCUCCCAUCCAGGCGCCCAGCCACCCUCCCCCCGAGCCCCCGUCACCCGCCAGUCCUCAAAUGCAUCACGGGGGGGGUGGAGACCCUCAGAGCACGGAGCCCUCGCCCCCAGGCACCCCCACCCCUCCAGAUACCCCUCCACCCUCCACCACUGCUGCUGCCCAGGAAGUAGCUCCUCCGUCCCCGUCUCCUUUCCAGUCUGGCUCCCUCCCCCGGCCCAGACCCGUCCCCAAACCCAGGAACCGGCCCAGCAUCCCCCCCCCCUCCACAGCCACCCCCCACCCUGACCGGAGACACCAAUGGGAUCUGUGCCACCGCCUACAAGAUGAUGGGUUAAAGAGGCACCUGUUGAGACCCGGCGAUGUCUUUCCGAGGCCUGAGUCGAGCGUUGGUCCCUGAGAUCGCUGUAGAGCAGUCGCCCCCCCCCUGCCUGCCAACCAGAGACUGUGAGCUGGACACUGAGAGCACCGUCCUGUAAAGAGGAGGAGACCGCACACACACACACACACACACACACACACACACACACACACACACACACACACACACACACACACACACACACACACACCCUCCAUUUCAUUUAAUCGGCUCGUCCCAUAUCUGGAACCCCAGGACUUUAAUGUGACGCGACACUUUUGGAAACCAUGGUGGAGGUCCGGCUCUCGUAAAUAACGGCUAUAAAACCAGUUUCACCAAACUGAAAUGGGAAUCCAAUUUAUUUGAAGAACUAAACUUGAUGUUCUUGUCACAAGCAAAUCUAGGGGCUCAGGGCUGCAAAUAACUUUGAUCUUUGAUUAGUCUGCUGGUUAUUUUCCCAAUGUAUUGAUUAUUCUUUUGGUCUGAAAAUAGUUUAAAUGUCUUGUUUUGACAGUCCAGAACCCACAGAUAAAGUCAAAUCCAUAUUUAAAAUGACUAUUUAUGUUGUAUUUUUUGAUAUAUUGUCAUAGUUGGAUCUGAAAGACAUUCAAUAGAUAUUUACUUUAACAAUUUAAUAAUCCAUAAAUCAUUUUUAAAGCUAAAAAUACCACAAAAAAAAAACUACUAGAAUAUUUAAACUAAGGUUUUUGGGAGGGCAUUUCAACUUUUUUGGGACAUCUUAUAGACCAAAUAAUUAAUUGAGACUAACCAGCAGAUUCAAAAAAUAGUUGCAGCCCUUAUCAUGGGGGAUAUCAUCGUAUUAGACCACUCUUUAUGACCUCCAGCCACACUACCACCACCACCUUCUUCUUCUCUGUUUUUAAAUACUUAAUAUUUAAAUUAGAUUUUGCUCAGUUGAAUUCAAUCUAAGAUCUAUCUAGUGAUCAACAACAACAAAAAAACAGAUGAAGAAAGCUAAUGAAAACUGAAAGAAACUCCAAACCAAAACCCCUUCUUCUUCAGGUGUCCCAGAGUUGCCGUCACUCGCCGUUAUUUACCCAGAGUCCUCGUGACCUCCAUCAUGGUAGCAGCCGGUGGGGAGCGUUGUGCCACUGAAGCACCCCCGCUGCCCACGCCCGGCUGUCUCCACUCCGCAGACAAUCACCCAGCAGAGGACAAAAAAAGGACUUCUGACUCACCGCUAACACGUCAGAAAACGAGUAAAGAGCGUGGGUACCGACCGCGGGGGGAACGCCAACACAUGGACUCGUUUUGGACCUUGGUGUGAGGUUGUGUAUGUUUUUUUAUGUUGAAAAAAGGCCUUAGAUCAAUAAAUGAAUUAAAGAAGAGGUAUUUCUACAGCACAGGGGGGUAUCAACUAAAACAAAAGGUCAGCAGGUGACGGCGAAAACAAAAACUGGUAAAGUGUGACUGCGGGUUUCCAGUCGUCUCAAACACUUGAUUUUUGUAUGGCAUCCCCUCACUCCUGUAUUUAUUUACCGAUUCAACACACAUUCCCUGUGGCUUGACGUAAUUAAUGCAGUCUUUAAAUGUAAAUCAUGCCUUAAGGGUUCCUCCCAGAACCAACAUAUAUAUAUAUACAUAUAUAUUUACUGUAUCGGCUCCUAGUACUACAGUAUUUUGUUUCAGGGACGUGAGGAAGGUGACCCUCUGCAAUAGAAGUCUUGUAUUGUUAUUUAAAUGUGUUUUUUUGGUUGAUUUCUUUGGGUUUUUAUAAGGAGAAGUAGCAACCACCGGCCCAGCCUGAACAGUCAGUAUUUGUUUUUGCCUUUUUCUGUUUAUUUUCCAUCGAUCCUGUGUGUGUUUUGAGCAGGCUGUGUGUGAGUGAAUGUAGUGAAAGGUGUUUCCAGCCUGAACAGAAAGACGCACAAACAGCUGAUGUUGCACCCGAGCGCAGGCAAGUGGUUUAUGAGUGAACGGUUUAGAGAGGUUUUUUGUCUGUCUUUCCCACUGAGCUGAGAGCACGCAGCGCUGUGAUCUCUCAGUAGUGAAGUGGUGUCAGAUUUCGCCAGGUCAAAAAAAAUGCUUUAUGAAAAAAAACGUAUCUCUGUAAGCUUUUGCUCUUCGGCCUCAGAUGUUCUGACCCAAUACGGUACCAAUGAAGAACGUCUUGGAUGCUGCACCUUCCCUGAAAAUGUUGUUUUUUUUCAGAGAAACUCGAGCGUUAUAAUCCCCUCUCUUCUCUGCUGCCUUAUCCUGAAGGCGAACAAACGCCAUUAAACUAAAAAGUGAUAAUGCUGCAUUUUAAAGCGCCAUUGUUUUGUAUGUAUGCCAUCUGGUGAGCUGAAAUAUGGAAUAAAAACAUGUAAUAUGAA